CCGGCAACUUUCCGACACUUUUCCGGCGACUUUUCCGGCCACUUCCGGUGACUUUUCCGGCUAUUCUUGGGCAACUUUUUCGGUCAUUUCCGACAACACUAUUUCAAGGAUGUCGAAUGAACCUAGACUCGAUUUUCAAAUCCUUGACUCAACUGGUUCGGAUUACCAUAGUUGGAGAACCGACGUUGAGAACCAUCUCACAUCAAAAGGGAUAUUGCCCAUAAUCCAGGCACCAAACGCGGGCCUUGUGUUCCAACGAACACCCAUAAAGCAUGCACAAGCAAUUAUCUUGAUGCGACGCCAUAUGGACAAAGCACUCAGAUUGGAGUAUAUGUCCAUCAAAGAUGCAAGGGAACUAUGGGUAGCGCUAGAAGAGCGCUUUGAUAAUAUCCAAGAUUCCCUCCUCCCUGACUUGAAGAUUCAAUGGAACAAUUUACGCUUCUCCGACUUCAAGUCUGUUGCUGAAUACAAUUCAGAAGCUCUUCGGCUAAGAGCCAUGCUGAAGUUCUGUGAAAAACCUCUCACAGAAGAAGAACUGAUUGAGAAGACUCUCUCCACCUUCCCCGUCGCAGCAAUUAUACUAUCAAAGCAAUAUCGCACUGAAUAUAAUGCUGGACGACUUACUAAGUUCAAUGAACGUAUCAAUAUUUUGUCGGUAGAUGAGAAGCACGACAAUAUCCUUGGACAUGACGGACGCAUGGGUCCAUACAACCGCCCCAAUAAGGAAGGAAACCGCAACUUUGGAGCGGGCACACGUGGUGGCAAAUCCACACGUGGGAGAGGAGAAUAUAACAACACCAUGGGCCGUAACACUAUGGGCCGUGGAGGUCGCAUAAUACGCCGUGGUAGUAGCAGCAACAACCCGCCUAGGGAAUAUCCACAACGUGCACCUCAAAUAAAGAAAGUCAACCACAAUGACGUGUGUCAUAGGUGUGGAUCAAUCGAGCAUUGGUUUAAGCAAUGCCAAGCAAGUACACAACUAGCUGCAAGCUACAAGGAGUACAGGGAAAUGAGGGAGCAAGAAGCUCACCUUGCUGAAAAAGAUGAUGGUGAAGAUGUAAUUCUCACCAUAAAAGACUUCAAAGCUGGAAAUGAAGAGCACGAGGAUGCCGCAGACUUUGAUUAA